AUGAAAUAUCUAGGUGAAAAACAUAAAGUAAAUUACUUAACAGAAUUGAAUAGUAACCAAAUUAGAAUAGAACCAAAUCAACAAGUAACUAGUGGUAAUUUUUAUCUGAAGGCGGGUGCUAUAGCUUUUCUACACCUAAUAAUAAUAUGGGGAAUGAAUCUUCUUGUUAUACUGAUUGGUAAAUUGAAGGAUUGGUUACGAAACACAAACUGGUUUGUUGGUCUAUGUUUCUUUUCAGGACUCUUCAUUGAUUUGGAGAUGGCUCUCGUACAACAACUACAAUUUAAAUUUCCAUGGAACUACAUACUAUUGGUAUUUAAUUCGAUGAUUAUCUCGAUCCCAGCUUCAAGGUCACUUUCUGAAUUGGAAAAGCUAUGGAUUCCAAGUACUUGGUUUAUUACACUGGGAAUCACAUUACUGACUGUAAUAUUCGGCGGAUUAAAACGAUUCGAUAUAAAAAGAUCUUUCAAUAUAUUCUUCAUUGUUAUAUUCACUUUACAAGCAGUAGUUUACAUCGUUCUCAUUAUAUUGAAUCAAUUUGAAUGCUAUGAUGUAAUCUUGAUUAUUUCUGGAUUUGGAAUGCUACUGACAAUCAUCUAU